AUGAUAGCUCAAAAGAUCGAGAGACAUUUCUCACGAACAGUCCAAGCAUAAAAAUAAUCAAAAAAGAAGAUGAAAUUUGUUGAAUAGGUAUCAUUCAAAUUGAUUUGUGUAUAGUCCGAUAGGUUUUUAUAAGUCAACGAAGACUCUCCAAAGUUAAGUUAGGACAAGGUAGAAACAAAAAAAAACUUGACUUCGAGACACCUUUAAGAAAAUGAGGCUUAAAUUUCUGGUCCGGAGGAGACUUUCUCGAGAGGACAUGAUGCUUAAAAUGAUUCAUAAACUGUCACACCUCUAGCUGUUCCAGAGGUUUAGGAUCUCGAAUAAAUUCCAAGUCUUGAACACAAUCUCUUUCCAGAGUACAAUUCUAAAAAGUAUUAUUUUUCAAAUAACUUCUUCAGUAAAUAGAAAGCGACAAAAAGAAAAGUCCUGCUCAAAAGAUUUAAGUCUCACUAAAAGUCAUUACUCGCAAUGGACAGUAAUACUUCUUUGCCAACAGCAGUGGAUUUACAAUUCGAGAGUCAAUUUUUAGAAAAGAAUGAACCAGACAAUAAAUCAUUUUCAAAUAAUCAAUAACCAGUUCACGAAUCUAAUGAUGAGUCGAAAGAGGGGGAAUUAUUUAAAUAAAUUCAAACUGAAGAUUUUAAUUAACCCAAAAAUAAAAGAACUUAUUACACUGAUAAAUUAAUAAGCUUGAUCAAAGGAGAUUACGUCGAUACAUUUAUGGCGUAAAUGUAUCUCAAUCAUUUUAUUUAAACCUAUGGAAUUCUCAAAAAAUCAAAGUUAUUAAAUUAACCUGAAAGUUAUGAAAUAUUAUAAAAAAUCAACCCCUAAAUAAAUCGAUAAAAGACAUUGGUUAUAGAUUUGGAUGAAACCUUAGUCCAUUGUAAUGAAUCAAAACUUAUGCCAAAAGAUCUAUAAAAGUAAUUAUUUGAAGCAUAUUCAAAUUAGGCCGAAAUUAGUGUUCGACCUUAUGCUCAGCAAUUUCUAUAAAAAAUGGCUAAACACUUUGAAAUUAUGAUAUACACUGCUUCAAAUGAAGAUUAUGCGAAUUAGAUUAUAGAAUAUUUAGAUCCAACCAAAUCGUUGGUGAAGUAUCGUCUCUAUCGAAAUGAUUGCAUAAAUCUCUCAGAAGGAUGUCAUAUAAAAGAUUUAAGGACUUUGAACAGAAAUUUAAAGGAUAUAAUCUUAAUUGAUAAUUCUGCUUAUUCUUUUGCUUACCAAUUGAACAAUGGAAUCCCAAUAAUUCCAUAUCUUGAUAACAAAAAAGAUGAUGAAUUAAUGGAAUUGGAAAAUUACUUGAUGGAAUUACUAAAUGUUGAUGAUGUAAGAAUUGAGAAUGAGAAGAAUUUUCGAUUGUAGCAGAUAUAAAAUAGUAGUUCAAUAUAGCAAGCUGUUAAUUACUUGAUGUGUAAUAGAAAAUGA